UAAGGAGGAUCAGAUUAAGUCACCACUGAGGUCUGGAAGUUUUAAUGAUGAGUUUGUUUGUGAUGAUUUCAUGUGCUCUGAAUGAUGAUUGCAGCUCUACACUCAACCAAGAACCUUGUGGACCAAGUGAGAUCCAAGUGUCUCAGAGCACAUGGAGGAGUACUUAUGAGGGCCUGAUUCUUCUCUCCUGUAUGAAAGGAGAUGAGGAUUAACUAGUCAAGCUACUUAAUUAACUGUAAAGUUAAUCUACCCACUAUAAUUCUGAUAUAGCAAAGUAAGCCCCACACUCUCUGAUCUGGCAGAAUGCUACAGUGGAAAAACCUCUGGAGACUGUUAAAUAAAAAUUAUUCACCAGACACUUGUUAAAAAUGGCAAGACAGAUUUUAUCCAAGACUGUUGCAGUAGAGGUCAAGACUAUUGCAAUAGAGGGGAGAGAUUAAGCUCAACUGAAAAUACAAUGAGGAGAAGUUGGGAUUUAUAGCCAAUGAACAGAGGGAGAGGGUCAGUGGAUAGAGAAUUACUAAAGGGAGAAUGCAAGGAUAGGGGGAUUCUUGCUAAAUUGGCUUAACAGGAUUCUUGCUAAAGACAAGCCAAGAACUUUGAUACAAGGAGUUAGAUGUCUAGGGUGGGGGUUGAGAAAUUUGAUCAGAUAUCAAGGGUAGGGGCUUCUUGCUAAACUGAUUUAGCAGGAUUCUUGCUAAAACUGAGUUUAUCCAGGAAAAAUGUGUAAGGUCGAGGUUGACACCUAGUUGAGAAGAGGGCUCAGAAGGGCCUAACUAAAAUCUCGUCAAGAAGGGAGUCUCUGCCAAGUCAGAAAAAUUAUUUGGGUUCAAAUCCUUGAUUUGCCACUUAUUAACUUUGUGAUUUUGCAAAUGUGGGAAAGUCAUUAACUGCUCUAAGCUUCAGUUUCUCCUAAGUAAAAUGGAGAUGAUCAUAACUACUCUACAGAGCCCACAGAGACACCACAAGAAUCAAAAUCAAGAUGAAAUGUUGCAGGUGAAAGCUUUUAGUAAAUUAUAAAGCUUUGCAUACAUGUAAAGAAGUUAUUCCUGCAGGAUAGAAAAUAAGCCAUGGUCAAAUGACCAUAGCCUUUCCAUCUCCCUCUAGUCAGAGUAAGGACAUAGGAGUGUGAUGGUUCUUCUUGUCAACCUAGGGUUUUACAACAAGAAAGGAAAAUCACCAGGAUAAAGAGUUUCCACACAAUGAAAAGGGAGACUCUAGCACAGUUUUUCUGAGUAGUCGUUAUGAUCUGGAUACUUGCAAGAGCCUUAUAACAAUAUAUGAUAAAUGAUAUUGCCGCCUCAUGACUGCAUACUCCUAAUCCUGACAUAUCUUCUCCUAAGGUAGAGCUAGCAGAGGGUAGUCCCCAUCAUGGGCCAGAGCAACCACACCACUGGGAAGGAAUUUGUCUUCCUGGAACUCACUCGCUUCCGGGAGCUAGAGUUUUGCUUGUUUGUGGUCUUCCUUGCUGUGUAUGUAACAACUGUGCUGGGUAACGCACUCAUUGUGCUGACCAUCACCUGUGAGUCCCACCUCCACACUCCCAUGUACUUUCUCCUGAGGAACAAAUCAGUCCUGGACAUUGUUUUUUCAGCUGUCACCGUUCCCAAGUUCCUGGUGGAUCUUUUAUCAGAGAGGAAAACCAUCUCUUACCAUGGCUGCAUGGUACAGAUCUUCUUCUUCCACUUUGCUGGUGGGGCAGAUAUUUUUUUCCUCUCUGUGAUGGCCUAUGACAGAUACCUUGCAAUUGCCAAACCUCUGCAUUAUGUGACCAUUAUGAGGAGAUCGAUGUGGGUGGGUUUGGUGGUCGCCUCUUUGGGUGGUGGUUUGCACUCAAUUGUCCAGAUAAUUCUCUUACUUCCACUCCCCUUCUGUGGUCCCAAUGUCCUAGAUGCCUUCUACUGUGAUGUGCCCCAAGUGGUUAAACUGGCCUGCACUGACACCUUUGCUCUGGAACUCCUUAUGAUCUCUAACAAUGGGCUGGUGACACUCCUGUGGUUCCUCGGGCUCCUGGGGUCCUACACUAUUAUUCUGGUGAUGCUGAGAUCUCACUCUGGGGAGGGCCGGCACAAGGCCCUCACCACCUGCACCUCCCACAUCCUGGUGGUGACUCUUCACUUUGUGCCUUGCAUUUACAUCUACUGCCGGCCCUUCACUACACUGCCCAUGGACAUAGCUGUGUCUAUCAAUAACACGGUCAUCACCCCCAUGGUGAACCCCAUCAUCUACACUCUGAGGAGCCAAGAGAUGAAAUCAGCCAUGAAGAGACUUCAGAGAAGGAUUGGGUUUUCUGAGAGCAGUAAACUGGGGUGAGCAGUCAGAUUGAGAUGGAAAUCUAACUCUGAUUAAUUUCUCAAACCACUAUCCUGGGAGUAAGAGACAGCUAUCUCUUUUCUCCACGGUCAUUUCUCUACAUCCUCAUAGACGCUUAACUCUAUUAGAGGGAAUAUAGAAACAAAAAGAAGAGAUGAGGUUGAACAACAUGAGAUAUUGGGCUUGCAGACUGGGGAGAGGAAUGAGGUAUAAGACUAAAAUCAAUAACCUAAUGCUAUUUUGUUGUAAUCUGUGACUCUCAUGCCAACAUACUUUACCUCACUUUUACCACCUGUAAUAUGGAAAUAACAUUGUCUCCUCACAAGGUUGCCAAGAGAGUGAAGAAUUACAAAUGUUGAGAGGAUGAUAGCUGCAAAAAUUAGUAUUGCUCCUGGAAUUAAUCAGGCAUACAAACGAUUUCCCUGUUAUAAUAUUCCUAAAUGUGCAUAUAUACAGAAUAUGGAUGUAUUUCUUUCUCACAUGCUUUCUCUAGUGUCUCUGAGAUUUCUCUGCCUUCUCUGAUUAUUCCCAGUUGAUUAUUAAAAUCACUUCUUGAUUUAAUAUUUUGAGUACAGAAUCUUCAACAUAUUUCAAUAUAUUUCACUAUUCUCAGAUCCAUUCUACUGAUUUUCUCACUCAAAUUAAUCUCAAAAGUACUUUUACAAAUUGGGGCUAUAUCUGCACAAAAUCCACAAAGAUAAUUUAUUUUUUGUUAACUUAAACUUCUUUAUUCCCUCUAUCUUCUCUCCACUUCACUCCCAGGGCUUUUAUAGCUGGAGCAAAACUAUAGUUUUGUCUAUAUAUGCACAGACAAUUCAAGAUAAAUCACUGGUAAAAAAAAAAAUACCUUUUCACACACUCAAGAUCCAUUUUUUGUAGCAGGAGAGAAAAGAAACACAUUGUAGGCAGGGCCAUUUAGGAAUAGCCACUGGGUCUUCUUUGUAAUCCACCUCUCUCCAAAGAGGACGAUUCUAAAAAUGUAAUUCUGUAGAGAGACAAUAAAUCUCCCUUCUCUCUUUAUUCCUGCUUCAAAUUCUACCCUUCAGCCUCCAAAAGUCAUUAAAAAAUUGGCCAAGAGGAAUAAGAAAUCUCAGGAAACUUCAACAUAUAGACCAUUCUUUUGAAAUUGUUAUGAUGCAUUAAUACUUGCAAAAUGGUCCUAGUAGAUGACAGACAUUUGUGAUUUUCUCUGAGUCCUACAAGACAGAGACAUUGGGCCAAGACUCUUAACCACAUGGCAGUGCUUCUCAAACUUUUUAAAAUUAUUGCCUCCCCCCCAAGGAGCUUUAUUAGGUAUUUUUACUAAUUGCUUUCCCACAAGAAAAAUGUAAUACCAAAGAUAUACUGUAUAUCUUUUUACACCAAAGAUCUUUGAAGGACCACACAUCAUUGCAAUAUCUAAGAUUUUUUGGCUACCAAUAACCAAUUUUUGCCCCCUUGGUCACAUUGCCCACACUGAGAAUGAAUGAUAACAUGGCAUUAGAUAUUUCUAUUAACAUGUUUCCCCGAAAUUCAAAGAAUCACAGAAUAAAUAGCAUAUGUCUUCUGGGGCCUUGCAAGAAUUUGGAAAGCAUAGAAAUGUGGGCAUCUUUGUUUGUGUGUGUCUGUAAGUGCAUGCAUAUGUAUGUGUGUGCACAUAUGCGUGGAUUUGUGUCCAAAAAUGACUUGGAAAAUAUUUAAUAACUCCCACUGGAACUCCAACACUGUCAUAAGAAUGUCCAUUCUAUUUCCACACUCAGAUAUAAUAAAAUUCCCUUUGCUAAUUCUCAUAUUAGGCUUGAGCCUAAGGGACUACUGUAUGUGAUAGGGAUGCUUUGGGACCAGAUGAAGAGCCAUGAUGAUGUAACUCCCUGAGUCUGCCCUUUCCAAUGUGAAGUUUUAAGAGAAGAUACCGAAGUCUAAUGUAACUAACCUGCAGAAGGACUUCAACUUCUAACAUGAUAUUUCCCCAGAACCAUACACACUGAGGCCCAGCUAUCCAGUCUCAGAUGGCAUAAAUUCCAGCUUGGAUACUGAAGGAUUUGGGUAAGAAUAUUGAACUGUCAGAGUGUGAGACAUUGUGGAUUAUACAUGGAUAGGAUGUGCAUGAAAAUGUACCUAGUGUAUAAGAUAUUGCAAAAAUAGCUGACAAUUUUAGUAACGGAAAACAAAGAAGUAGAUUUUAAAUACUGGAAAAGGAGGAAUGUCUCCUUAAGAAGAAGGAGCCACAGAGAUGGAGUCAGCAUGGUAAAAGAGAAAGCAGCUCGUAUUUGAUGGAACAAUUGAGUUGCAUAUAAGGAGCAGAUUUUAUUCUAGCUUAGGGUUUGUCCAUGGGAUCAUGGAGCCUCUUUCCACAACAUUGGUGCUUCCUUAAAAAACAUAAUCUUAACCUCAAAUUAUCUUAAAAACUGUGGAGGUUUCAAAGGCAACCCUAUUUCCAUACACUGCCCAUGACUCACUGGGUCUCUUUAGCCUUUGAUCCAGAGCCUGUCUUAUUCCUGAACCCAAUGACCCAGAGCUGAAGGCUCAAGUCCACUUGGUUAAUUCAUGCAAGUUUAUGGAAACAAAAAUAGUUAAGUUGGUUCAAAGAGAAGUUGUACUUCUAUUGAAUCGCAUUUUAUUGCUAUUCAAUAGAAUAUUCUACAUAUGUCUUCAUA